AUGCAUGACGGGGGACGAAUGUUCUAGAAAUUAUCAAUUUUUAUUUAGUAAAUUAAGAUAGUAUUUGUGAGAAGAACAGUAAUUUACUUGAAAGCAAGUGGCGACGUGAAUUGUUAUUGAAAAAAGUUUGAAAAAAUAUUAAUUAAUUAAUCUAACGUCAGAGAAAACAACAUGGUGAAGGAAACAACCUUCUACGAUAUUCUAGGUGUUAAACCUGGAUGUUCACCAGAUGAUUUAAAGAAAGCAUACAGAAAACUUGCAUUAAAAUAUCAUCCGGAUAAAAAUCCAAAUGAAGGUGAAAAAUUCAAACAAAUUUCACAAGCCUACGAAGUAUUAUGCGAUCCAGAAAAGAAACGAAUCUACGAUGAAGGUGGUGAACAAGCACUUAAAGAAGGUGGAACUGGUGGUGGAUUCACAAGCCCUAUGGAUCUUUUCGAAAUGUUCUUUGGUGGUGGUGGCGGUCUAGGUGGUGGACGUGGUCGACGACGUGAACGUAAAGGGAAAGAUGUUUUUCAUCAAAUUAGUGUUACUUUAGAAGAAUUAUACAAUGGGGCUGUACGAAAAUUAGCGUUACAAAAGAAUGUGAUUUGUGAUAAAUGCGAAGGUCGUGGUGGUAAAAAAGGAGCUGUAGAACAAUGUCCCACGUGCAAUGGUUCUGGAUAUCAAGUUGAGGUACAACAAAUUGGACCAGGUAUGAUACAACAAAUUCAAAGCGUGUGUUUAGAUUGUCGUGGCGCAGGGGAGCGUAUAAAUCCAAAGGAUCGUUGCAAAAAUUGUCAAGGGCGUAAAACAAUUCGUGACAGAAAAAUCUUAGAAGUACAUGUUGAUAAAGGUAUGGCACAUGGCCAGAAGAUUACAUUCUAUGGUGAAGGUGAUCAAGAACCAGAAAUGGAAGCGGGUGAUAUUGUAAUACUAAUUGAUGAAAAAGUACAUCCGGUCUAUCGAAGAAGCGGAAACGAUUUGAUAAUGCGUAUGAAUAUUGAAUUAAUUGAAUCAUUAUGCGGUUUCCAAAAAGUGAUUCGAACUUUAGAUAAUCGCGAUUUGGUUAUAACAGCCAUACCUGGUGAAGUAACAAAACAUGGCGAUGUUAAAUGUAUUAUGAACGAGGGUAUGCCACAAUAUAGGAAUCCAACCGAAAAAGGACGUUUGGUUGUACAAUUUUUGGUUGAUUUUCCACCAAUGCUUCCACCAGAAGUUAUCCCGGCAUUAGAAAACUGUUUACCACCACGUCCUGAAAUCAUUAUACCCGAUGGUGCUGAAGAAUGUACGUUAGUGUCUUUGGAUCCGGAGGAGGAAGCUACGAAACGACAACAGAAGAAUGUUUACGAUGAAGAUGAUGAUCCGCAAGAACGGGGUGGACAACGCGUACAAUGCGCAACUAGUUAAAUUUACUUACAUUAUUCAAUUGACAACACUUCAGAUGUAUUCCAAUUUAAAUAACAAUUUCAAAGCAUAUUUCCUUCAGCGCUACUAUUUCAAGAUGGUGUAAUUUUUAUUUAUUUUGAAUGCUUUUUUUCAAAAUAUAUCAAUUGUA